UAGUUGAUCGGUGAGCACAAAAAAAGAAAAAAAUAAAUAAUCGCAAAAGAAUUGAAGAAGAAAGUAUCACGAUUACGAUUUCAAUAGCUCAAAAAGUCUGACUCUUUCUGGGCUCUCUCUUCUCGGGUGUCUCCAAUUGAAGAAGGAAACCUCACCCAUUUGAAGAAUUAGGACGUCAAAGUUUGAGUGAGUUUCCAUGGUAUUACAAAACCUAGAUGGGUGUUUUCUCUUCUGACAACUAAAGGUCAUAACCACCUUAAUCUACCCAUUCAUGGAACAAUCAUCAGCUCAUCAUCUACCCCAAAAUGACCACAUCAUUGACAUUCCAAGCUCCUCUUCUCAUCACGUUUUGGAUGAGGAAGAGGAGAGACCUUCUACUGCUUCUGUCUCUCACCCAGUUACAGCUUCUUCCUCUUCUUCUGUGCGGUCGAAUCCUAGAACCCCACGUCGCAGACGCAGUCCUUUGAACUCUGGCCUAUGGAUUUCCAUUGAGCUACUCCUCACUCUCGGCCAGAUCAUUGCAGCUAUAGUCGUUUUGUCUUUGUCUAAACACGAGCAUCCGCGUGCACCCUUGUUUGCUUGGAUUGUUGGUUACGCCUGUGGAUGCGUUGCAACGCUCCCUCUCCUGUACUGGAGAUAUUACCACCAUUCCAGUCACCCCUCUGAACAGGAUUCUGCACAGCAUCAUCGUCCUAAUCUUAACGUUGCAGCUGGGCCAUUCGCCUUCUCCAUAUCCAGGUCAUCUGAAGGAGGAGAUGCUCGACAGACCAACAACAACAACACGUCUUCUCGUGGUGGUAGUAGAUACCCUGGCUUCAUAAGCGCUGCCAGGCUAAAAGUUCUUAUGGAGUACUUCAAAAUGGCUCUGGAUUGCUUCUUUGCGAUAUGGUUUGUGGUAGGUAACGUCUGGAUAUUCGGAGGGCAUUCAUCUGCAUCCGAGGCUCCUAACUUGUACAGGUUAUGUUUAGUGUUUCUCACCUUUAGCUGUAUUGGCUACGCCAUGCCUUUCAUCCUCUGCACAACUAUAUGUUGUUGUUUGCCGUGCAUUAUCUCUAUUCUCGGAUACAGAGAAGAUUUAACUCAACCCCGUGGUGCUACAACUGAGUCGAUAAACGCAUUGCCUACCCAUAAGUUUAAGCUGAAGAAAAGCAGAAGUGGUGGUUCGAGUAGUAGCGAAGGUGGAGUUGUGGCGGCUGGAACAGAUAACGAACGUGCCAUUUCAGGAGAAGACGCUGUCUGUUGCAUUUGCUUAGCGAAAUAUGCGAAUAACGAAGAGUUAAGAGAGCUUCCUUGUUCACAUUUCUUCCACAAAGACUGCGUUGACAAGUGGCUGAAGAUCAAUGCCAGUUGCCCUCUUUGCAAGAGUGAAGUUGGGGAGAAGAACUCUGAUCUGACAAGUCAGGGGGUCUUAACCUCCCUCUCUUCUGGGGAAGAGGGUAACGCUCAACAACAAAGGAAUGAACAUAGAGUUGAUAACGGUUUGGCCCACAGCAUCAUCUAGACAUUUGCUCGAUGUUAGAGAAAAUGGUACACAGCGAUACACAAAACGGCGUUUGCUUCUGAGCCUCAUCGUUAAGAAGAAUUGCCUUUUUUGCUUUUGUAAAUUAAAACCCUCUCAACACGUAGGAGAGUUUUGAAAAUCAGUGAUUUGAGUUUGCGUGUGUUCUAGAUACUUUUUUUUGUUUGUUUGUUUAUUCUCUGAAUCUUAUCACGAACAGAAGAACCUUUAUACGAGAGCCAGAGGGCUCUUUCAAUA